AUGCCGUAUAACACUCGUCGCAAGUCGCUAUCCCUUCCGUCCUUGGGUAUUCACCUGCCUAAUUCCUCGCGCCGCUCUCCGUCCAUCUCCAAAGGCUCGCACGCGACUGAUGACCUACCGCCCUCGAAGAAAGCUAAGAGGUCGCAUGACUCCAUCUCACUAUCGCCCGAGCCCAGUCAUCGCAAGGAUGCCAUCACAGUGCGCGCCGGCCGCUUCCAGCACACGCCGCCUCCGUCGCCCUUGGAUGCCGGGAUUGCGCCCAAGAUCGACACCGAGGGUAUCAAUGAUGACAUCGUCGUCGCAGUGAUUGAUCAGCUGGAGAAGACGGGGAAUCGCCCGCAUCUAGUAAAAGAACUGGCAGCGGUUCUGGUCGCGCUGAAUGCGAAUGUUGCCAAUUCCGUAAAUCCAGCUGCGCUCCUCUCGUCGCGUUUGGCUGCUUAUAUGAAACGCUCAUGGACAGCCCUGGCGCCUUGUCCCAUCGCCAAGGAACUCAUCCCGAUCCACCCGCGCAAGGUUUAUUACUACCUGACGACUUUCCCCAGUCAGCCUAUCCCUGAGAGCUCCGACGAGCUGGUGUCUAGUGUCGAUGGCAAGCACAUCACACCCAGUGUGUCUAGCGUAGACCAGGAUGAGGAGGAUGCGAUGGCACGGGAACGCGCUCGUCUCAGCCCCAGCCCGGAAGUGGAUCUCUCUUCUCCUGAUUUUGAGGAAGGGGAGGACGUGGAUCUCGACAGUCCCACGGGAUCCCGGGACUCUCCGGACCAGUUCCCUGAUCCCAUUAACCACUCUCGCCUCAUGCACUCGAACCGCGCGGUUUCUCCGCCCCUGGAGGGUGAUGAGAAGGAGUUCACACAGACGGCCAGCGCCGUUCGGGAACGUGCGUCGGAAGAGAAAGCUAGCCGGAUGGACCAGUCGGACCGGAGCCGAUCGGUUCUGUCGGAAGGCCUCAGCUCGAUGGAAGAUCCCGAGAGCACCUCGGAAUCCCCCGUCUCCGGAGGAUCGCUGUCUCCCUCCCUGCACGGUGAUCGUAUGUCCGAGGAAGAGUAUAGCGACUACUUCUCUCACAUGACCACUGCGGACCCGAUGCCCCAGGACGUUGAUGAGGCCGCCGCUACAGCUCUAUUUGGCACUUCGCCUUCGCCUUCGCUCACCUCGGUUGCAUCGUCGUUGUCGUCUGGCACGAGCGCCGUCACCGAUGUUGGCGUGGAGGGACAGGAGCGUGCGGCUGGCCCCCCAGCUGCGCCGCAGAUUAGCCUGCCCGAGGAUCCGGAUAUUGCGCCUGUCUCCACUCUGAAGCGAUCUCUUGACAUGCUGAACAGCGGCCUCCCUGACGUCGACUUGAAAAUGUCUGAUCUCACUGAGUCGCACGAGAAGCUCAGCCUGGCCCCUCGUCCCGUCUCCGCAAUUGGCUUUGAACCCAUUCUGGAUUCGUGGAGGGAGCUACAAAAUCCGGAGAUGGUGGAAGUGGAUGAGCUCGACGAGAUGUUUGGUGAAAUCUAA